CCUCUCACCCAAAGUUCCAAACCCAAACAGGAUACAAGACGCCACGCCUUCUCCGGUCAUUGACUCUACCGUCGUUGCUGCCGCUGCGCGGUCGCCGCCAUUGCUGCCGCCGCCGCUGUUGACGACUGUGCCCUCUCGUCAAUUCUGCCGCUGCCCUCUUCUUCGCUCCUUGCAUUCUAUGGUUUUGCAGAGCUAAGUCCCUUGCUUUGUAGCAGGAGGAGGAGGCCCCCCUCCCAUGGUCGAUUCGGAGAACAACUUCCUUACUCAAUCCGAAGCUGUAGCACCUUUGUCGGUACAAGAUUUUCUCAUUCACGACCUCCAGUCUUUAGUGGCGGACGCGGAGCAACAACCCUCGUCGGAGAGAUUUAUGCAGGCGAUAAACCAGGUCCUCUCUGUCAUAGAUGGCCUGCACCAACCAUGGUUGAAUGGAGUGGACCUAAUGGAAGAUGCUCAAAAGAUAAGCAUGUAUUUUCUACCGGAUGCGAAGGGAUGGACUUUCUACUUAGAGGCGGACUUCGCAGGGGGAAACUGGAAGUGUGUAAUUGCUCUCUUAUCCUGUUGGCUUGAAUGGAAAAUUGAUGGUAGACUGAGGGUUGAUGGCUUUUUAAAUAUACUAAACUGAAUGGCAUUACAUAGACCCGUUAUAUCUAGCUGUGCAAUCUAAUUUAACUUGUGGUAGAUGAAAAUGUAGGUGUAGAAAGAUAAUGAAAGUGGUCCCAAUUAGAUCUGCCUGCAUUGGCAAUUCGCGGGGACUGCAAACUCUGGAAACUCAAAAUUCUUCUUUCGUCAACUUCAUGAGAGCUGCCUUUUUAUGCUAACCACAAUGGUAUCUACACAUUUUCUCUGUGUACCAUUUAAUUUUAGCCUAACUGUUGCAUCUUCUGACAUUUCUUUUAUGUAGAAUGGAACUAAAGACUCCAUCAGCAAGCUUGUUUCUGACUUGAACAGAGCAACAUUGGAGCCUGAUGUUAGUGAGUCCCAGUUUCCGUUGACCUGAUUUUUAUCAUCAUAUCUUCUCUCCUCCACUAAUUGUUAGGUUUGCUUAAUUAAUUUUGAAAUUUUUUGAACUUUCGUUGAGUUUUAGGUUGGAGUGAGGCGGUAAUAAUUAGGAACUUAGAAAAAUUAUAUGAUGUUGAAAGGGAAUUACAGAAUUCCAGGUAAGCCUAUUCUCUUUUCAACGUCUUGAGCUACUCCUCUCUGGUAAAUUUACUCAGAACAUUACAGUUGUAUAUCUAUUAAAACUUUCAUGUUUCACUUUUAUCUGAA